AUGAAUCCCGAUGGCCCGAUAGCGGCGCAGCGCCGGAUUAAGGAACGGCUCCAAGCCGGGCAGACCCCUGAUGAGGAUGAUUUCGACAUAUUAGAUAUGUUCGGAGUCGGACUCCAUGAUGAUCCUGAGGAGAUGGACGAAUUCUGGCGGAAUAAAGCAGAGUGGCGGAUUCAAGAUCCGGGGUCAGGGUGGGCCCACCGCGCGGGGCUAGGCCAGCUUCUGCAAGGGGAGGACCCUGCCUUGGUAGUGUACCUGACGGACCCCUCAUGGAAGGGUGGCGCGGCCAACGAGGAGAUCAUGCAUCGGAUCUGGGUUGCCUUUGGAACCCUCGUGGAGCUUAAUGAGCGGCUCGCGAAGCACAGUGAGGACUGCUAUCAGAGCGAGUUGGAAGGGAUCGAGAAACAACCGAAAUCCCGCCCCGUUCUGUUGCAGUUCCCGAAUAAGGACGAUCGCGAGUUCUUCACGAGGCCAUGGCUGCAGGUAUUAAUGUAUAUUGCACGAACCCAGCAGGCGGCGUGGGAUCGGUUGCGCCAGGCCGCCCGGGAGGAAAUCAACACUCCUCAUCGCACGAAGACGCCGCGGGAGGCGGCCACCCCCCGUGUGAGUCCGUUGCAGCUCGCAUGUCUACAGUUCUGCAUCGAAUUGCUGGACCAGGGCUACCACAAGUCCCCGUAUGAAUGCGCGUUAGUCUGCGUCUUGGGCGCACUGAGCUACAAUUGCGAUGGGUGGCUGAAGCCACAGCCCCACCACAGCAUCGUCUGUCGAAUACAUCGGAUCGCGCAGGGUCUCGUGCUGCACUAUACCCUGCUGUUAGGGUCGGAUGCAAAGGAGAUCUUGCGGGGGAUCUCCGCCAGAGCGACUGCGCGAGCGGCAAUGGAAGAUGUGGUGGAAUUGCCGGGGAUGAAGGAUUGUUCGACGACGCGGUCCCAUUGGGAAUGGCUGCAUGGUUGGGUUGAGCAUAAGAUGCUGGCCUCGACAAAGACGCCAAUAGGGUGGAUGAUCAUGAUGUCUUUGAAGCUGGGUUUGCUGAAUGCGAAGGGAAAACCAUAG